AUGGUUCAAUCUCAACCUCACUUCCUCCUAGUAACUUAUCCAACCCAAGGUCACAUCAAUCCAGCUCUCCAGUUCGCUAAACGACUCCUCCGAUUAGGUGUCAAGGUCACCUUCACCACCUGCCUCUCCGCCUAUCGUCGCAUGAGCAAAGCUGGCCGGAUUCCAGACAGUUUGAGCUUCGCUCCCUUUUCCGACGGCUUCGACGAUGGCUACAACUACAAGGACAGUGACGCCUCAUUUUACCUGACACAGUUGAGAAACCGAGGAAAACAAAGCUUGAAAGAAACCAUUCUUUCUUGCGACAAAGCUGGCACUCCGAUCACUUGUUUGGUUUACACCAUCCUUCUCCCUUGGGCUGAGGAGGUGGCGCGUGACCAAAACUUGCCAUCAGCUCUUCUUUGGAUUCAACCAGCAUCUGUAUUUCGUAUCUACUAUUAUUACUUCAAUGGGUACGAUAAAUUAAUUGGUGAAGAGUCAAAAGACCCAUCAUGGUCCAUCGAAUUACCAGGGUUGCCAUCUCUCAAAAGUCGCGACCUUCCCUCCUUUUGUCUACCUUCGAACACUUACAACUUCGCACUUCCUUUGUUCAAAGAACAGCUAGAUAUCUUGGAUUCAGAAGACAGGCCUAAAAUACUAAUGAACACCUUCGAUGCUUUGGAAGAAGAUGCUUUGAAAGAUAUCGAUGAGAAGCUAAACAUGGUCGCAGUAGGGCCGUUGAUUCCGUCAGCUUUCUUGGAUGGAAACGAUCCAUCAGACACAUCCUUCGGCGGAGACUUGUUUGAAAAGUCAAAAGACUACAUCGAAUGGAUGAACACAAAGCCUCAGGGAUCCAUCGUGUACAUUUCUUUUGGCACCUUGAUAACACUGUCGAAGAAACAGAAGGAAGAAAUGGCACAAGCUUUGUUGAAGAUCCGACGUCCGUUUUUGUGGGUGAUCAGAGAUAAAAGCGGCGACAUGAACUGGACGAAAGAAGAUGAAGAAGAGGAAGACGAAGUAAGUUGUAUGAAGGAACUGGAAGAAUUAGGUUUGAUAGUUCCAUGGUGUAGUCAAGUAGAGGUGUUAUCUCAUCCAUCUUUAGGUUGCUUUGUGACGCAUUGUGGGUGGAAUUCGACGCUGGAGAGUAUAGUUUGUGGGCUUCCGGUGGUGGCGUUUCCUCACUGGACAGAUCAGUCGACGAAUGCGAAGCUGUUAGAAGAUGUGUGGGGAACGGGGGUGAGGGUGGCGGCUACCGGAGAAGGAGUGGUUGAAGGGGAGGAGAUGAGAAGGUGUAUUGAAAUGGUGAUGGGAGGGGAUGAUGAAGGAUUCGCAAUGAGAAAGAAUGCUAAGAAGUGGAAAGAUUUGGCCAGAGAUGCUAUGAAGGAAAGUGGGUCGUCUUUUAUGAAUCUCAAGGCUUUUGUUAAAGAAGUUGAUGGAACUUCGAGGCAGAAGAGAGUGCCGAUUUGUAGUGAAGAAUCUGAAUCCGAAUCGAGAUCUGGUUAUUCUGAUUGA